AUGAGCAACCUGCCCAAGGUCGUACAGCUGGCCCAAGUUGACUUCUUUGUGGAGCGCUUAACUUGGGCUCACAUAACUGCGGUGAAUUCCACACAUUACUUUAGACUUGAAUCUGAAAUCUCAGAAGAUUUUGGCCGCUGGAUCACCGUGGGCAACUGCCUGCACAAGACCCCCGUGCUGGCGGACACCGCCUGCCUCUUCACCCUGCUGGCGCCGCCCCUGGAUUACUCCCACUAUAUCUCGCUGCCCGCGGGUGUGCUGAGCCAGGCCUCCUGCACCCGCUACGGCAUCUCCUGGCAGUUCGACCCCUGCUGCAGGUACCUGGUGGAGUACGACGCCUACAGACUGUCCCGGCUGCCCCUGCACACACUCACCUCCUCCACCCUGGUGGUGCUGGUCCUGAAGGACGACUUGCACAGGAAGAGACUGCACAACACGAUAGCACUGGCGGCUCUGGUGUACUACGUCAAGAAGAUUUACGAGCUCUGCGCUGUAUGAUCGGGGCGGAGUAGGGGGAGCAGGCAGCCCGGCCCGCGAGGUGGCAUAGCACCCGUGCUGCUCUGUGAGGCAGCGGAGCCCUGGACACAAAAAUCGCUUCAUUGGAGCGAAACAUAAGGGAUCUUGAGGAUGAGAUC